GAGGAAGCAGGGCAGACAGAGAGAGCAGCGCGGUGCAGGGAUGGAGGAGAGCAGGAGACCCCGUUAAAGCUACUGAGUCCUUCCAGGAAGCCCCGCUGCCUGACGCACAUACUAAAGCACAUGCACAAACCGGCACGUUCGUUUUAUGCGUCUACAGACCAACAGAGUUGGGGUAUAACGGAGAGUACUGCAGGCAAGAAUGAAGCAUAUCAACCUGUCCUUUGCAGCUUGUGGAUUUCUGGGAAUAUACCACUUGGGGGCAGCAUCUGCACUUUGCAAACACGGCAAACAGUUACUAAAGGUUGUAAAGGCCUUUGCUGGAGCUUCUGCAGGAUCUUUGGUUGCAACUGUUCUGUUAACUGCACCAGGAAAAAUAGAGGAAUGUAAUGAAUUUACAUACAAAUUUGCUGAAGAAAUUAGAAAGCAGUACUUGGGUGCCAUAACACCUGGUUAUGAUUUUAUGGCACGUUUAAGAGAAGGCAUGGAGACCAUUCUUCCUUCUAACGCUCAUGAGAUAGCAGAGAAUCGACUUUAUGUAUCUAUCACUAACACAAAAACCAGAGAAAAUUACUUAGUUUCACAUUUUUCCUCCAGGGAAGACCUCAUUAAGGUUCUCUUGGCUAGCAGUUUUGUACCAGUUUAUGCAGGCCUGAAAGCAGUGGAAUAUAAAGGAGAGAAAUGGGUUGAUGGAGGGCUUACCAAUGGCCUUCCUAUCCUGCCUAUGGGGCGAACAGUGACUGUUUCACCUUUUAGUGGUCGAUUAGAUAUCUCCCCAGAAGACAAAGGACAGUUGGAUCUAUAUGUUAAUAUUGCAAAUCAAGAUAUCAUGUUGUCUGUGGCCAAUCUGGUAAGACUAAAUCAAGCUCUUUUCCCACCAAGCCAGAGGAGAAUGGAAUCAUUGUAUCAAAAUGGAUUUGAUGAUGCUACGAAGUUUUUACUAAAAGAAAAUUGGUUUGAAUAGAAUCCUUAAAGUUUAUUAUGCAGAACAAAACUUGAAGGACUUCUGAAAUAAAUUCUA